GAGGCGGCGGCGGCGGCAGCAAGGGCAGCAGCGGCACCGGCAGCCCCCGGCGGCCUCGGGCGGGGCCGGCCGGCCGGACACACGGACACAGGGUGCCGGGGGCGCGCGGCCCGCCGGGGCCGGCCAUGGAGGGCGCCUCGUUCGGCGCGGGGCGCGCGGGGGCUGCCCUGGACCCCGUGAGCUUCGCGCGGAGGCCCCAGACCUUGCUGCGGGUCGCGUCCUGGGUGUUCUCCAUCGCGGUCUUCGGGCCCAUCAUCAACGAGGGCUACGUGAAUGCCGACAGCGGCCCCGAGCUGCGCUGCGUCUUCAACGGCAACGCGGGCGCCUGCCGCUUCGGGGUGGUGCUCGGCCUCGGCGCCUUCCUCGCCUGCGCUGCCUUCCUGCUGCUCGACGCGCGCUUCCAGCAGAUCAGCAGCGUCCGAGACCGCCGCCGCGCCGUGCUGCUGGACCUGGGCUUCUCCGGCCUCUGGUCCUUCCUGUGGUUCGUGGGCUUCUGCUUCCUCACCAACCAGUGGCAGCGCACGGCGCCCGGGCCCGGCACGGCUCAGGCGGGGGACGCGGCGCGGGCCGCCAUCGCCUUCAGCUUCUUCUCCAUCCUCAGCUGGGUGGCGCUCACCGUGAAGGCCCUGCAGCGGUUCCGCCUGGGCACCGACAUGUCGCUCUUCGCCACCGAGCAGCUGGGCGCCGGGCCGGGCCAGGCCUACCCCGGCUACCCGGUGGGCAGCGGCGUGGAGGGCACCGAGACCUACCAGAGUCCGCCCUUCACCGAGACCCUGGACACCAGCCCCAAAGGCUACCAGGUGCCCGCCUACUAGGGGUGGGCAGGGGGCCCCCGGACCGAGGGGGCGGCCGCGUGGGCCGCGCAGGGCCAGCAGGCAGCGGCUCCUGGGGUGCCGAGGUCCAGAGGCUGCAGCCCAGGCCGGGCGCUCCCGCUGCGCGCCCCGUACCCGUGCCCAGACCCCGUGCCCAGACCCUGUGCCCCUGCCUCGG